AUGCGUUCUUCCUUUCGAUCUUUAGCAACCUUUUUUCUCGUGCAGCUGUACUUUGGCAUCCGAUGCAAAACCUGGAGCUACUUAGUGGCCAUGGUAUUAGGAUUAGUCACCGAGGGCGUUGGGUACAUUGGACGUUUACAACUCCACAACGACCCUUUCAACUUCAACUAUUUCCUCGUAUAUCUCGUUUGCCUGACCAUAGGACCAGCCUUCCUCACAGCCGCCAUCUACAUCACAUUCGCCCGCGUCGCGUACUCCUGCGACGCAAGCCUCCUAUGGGCCCGAUCGACGACAGCCACUGGAGGUGCCAUCACUUCGACAUCAGGUGGCAUGACCCAAGAGGCAUUGGACUUGAGACAGACAGGCGUGAAUGUCACGAUCGGUCUUGCGAUCGCGUCCGGCACCAUCUUCGUGAGAUGUGUUUUCCGUGUUGCUGAAUUGAAGGAUGGUUUUAGCAGUUCACUCGCCAACGACGAAGUGGCUUUCAUGAUUUUGGAAGGCACCAUGAUUGCCAUUGCGAGCAUUUGUUUGACUGUCGGACAUCCCGGCUUGUGUCUAGACAUUGAGUGGAGGCUCCCAAAGCAGGUGCUACAAAAGGGUCGAGAUGACAGUUCAAACGUGGAGUUGGAAAAUGUUCACGUCUCCAAAUAA